AUUUCCUCUUACAUCACUCUCCACCCACACACACACACACACCAGAUCUUGCGGCCCAGACUUACAAGGAUGAUGAGUAUGUGUGGGCGGGAUCCUAAGGUGGUGGUCACAUGACCCGAGCACUAAACUCACAAUUCACGAAGUGUGUGAUAAGGCAUGCCUGACAGAGUGUGGUGGUCCGGGGGCUGACAGCUGUAAGGAGUGUGCCCUGGGAUAUGAGGAGGUGGAGGGAUCUUGUACAGAUAUUGAUGAGUGUAGAGAAGAUGACUCCAUCUGUUCUAAUGGUACCUACUGUCUCAACACCCCGGGCUGUCAGGGUAUGAGGGCUAAAUUGGAUGUCUGUCCUCUCAAAGAGCUCGAGGAUUUCACUAUUCUCUCGUGUUUUGUUGGACUGGAAAUGGUCCUACCCACAUAGCAUCACAUGUUGAGCAGUCACGAGGUGGACACGUACGGUAGUAAUGAGCACCACUUCAGUUUGGCCCACAAGACUGCCCUCCAUGGCCGCCUGCCCAUCAUACAGUUCCUAGUGGAGAGUGGACUGCCCUCCUCCGCACUGCAGAUACCAGAUGACUCAUUCACCAUACCCGCCAUGCUCGCUAUACAGGGUGGUUCAGUGGAGUGUCACAUGUCAAGUGCCUUGAGUGGCUUCUCAAGACAGUCAAGAAGAGGAACAAACAGUCGGAAGUGACGGAGAUACUGGAUGAGUCUGGUGUGACCCCCGCCCACUUUGCAGCACAGGGAGGACACCUCGACUGUCGACAGAGCUGCUUAUAGACUUUGGCUACAGCAUGGUCCACACGGACAGGGAGAACCAGAAGCCGGUGGAUUGGGCCGAUGCUAUGGGUCAGAAUAUCUGUGUUCGCUAUCUCAUGAUGUACGAGACUUGUUGGGCACUCUCCGGAGAACUGACACACAUGGCCGAGCAGCUCGCUAUUGUACAGAAGGAGAAUGGACAGUUACGAGAUGCAUUCUCCAGUCUAGAGAAAGAGCAUGAGUCUGCCAUUACUAAACUGCUGACUAGUCACGAGGAGAGACUGACUAAGAUGAGGGAACAUCACGUCGACCUCAUGGCAUCAACUGCACAUGAACCAGGACACUCCGCCCACUGGAGAGGGAGGGGCUACUGCACCAUCAGACAAUAAGAACAGGGGUCAAGUACCUGUGUGGAAGGCGCCCCCUGAACCACCCACUACCCCUCAACGAUCCUCCAAUCGCCCCCCCCCCGUACCCCCGGAUUCUGCUGCUAAGAAAAGGUCGCGAGGGUCAAAGGACAGAGGUCAUGAGGCGGCAGAUAAAGGGGAGGACCAUAAUACCAUUG